CUGGUGUUCCUUUUGUGCUCCUUGUGCUCCUUGUGCUCCUUUCAAAAUUCACUGGUACACUGAAGUUAUGGCUGCAUGCUCGGAAUGCUCGCAACCCAGAAACUUGUGUACCCGGCCUUCUAGAUAUUGUACAGAGUUUUCUAUCAAGAUGUUGCCAGAACAUUUCGAAGAAUAUUCUAUUCUCCCUUGCUGUUACUAUACAAGGAUUAAAUUUUUAUGCCCAUCAAAAAUAAUGAAAGCUGUAGAUAGACCAGCUCCCCAUUUGGACGCACCUGCUGAUGACUUUACAACACAUCAUCUAUUAUUGGAUGAUUGUGAUACAUACUUUUCCAUAGAAGGACCAUAUUAUUUGUCCUUGUUAGAAGCAUUUCGUAUCAAUGUUGGAGAUACAAUAAAAUUUACAUGGGAUGAAGAUUACGACAUCUUUAAUGUCUCCAUUCUAGCCGGAAUAGAUCAGCCAAAAUAUUGGUUUGGAUUCCCUGAGUGCAAUAAUCUACCCACUGAUUGUGAUGAAGCGUUUUAUAGUACUUUUUUCACGGAAGCAACGGAUGUUUCCCAAGAAGAAAUGAACAGAAUUGUCACUCGCUAUAGGAAGUAUAUGAGGAGUCCGCAUUAUCGUAACGAUGCUCCUAAUUUCAUUAUUCACGGGCUUGAGAGUAAUGAAUACACCAACUGGGUAGUUCCAUUCGAAGCUAUCAAAACUAAUGUUGUUCUACCAAGGCAGGGCGAUGCUAUUUAUGUACACAAUCAAUAUUCUGUCGGUGGAACUUACAAAAUAAGAGAUGAUGGCACUAUCAUUUUCCGUGAACACUGGUCUGAUUUACGGGUGGACAAUAGCAUAUUCCAUGGAGACUUAUUCAUUGCCAGGGUGGUGGCAAAUAGAAAUUACAUAGGACUAGAUAUUUUAAUUAUUUAGGAAGACAAGGAUUUUUUCUAUUUGUACUAGUAGAUUUUUUCUCUACUAUUUUUUGUAAUAAUUUUAUCAUUUUUUAGAUUUUUAUUUCGAGAA